CUUCAAGGAUCAGUAUCAUUUGGCAUGCCCAGCGAUCGGUUUGCCAAGAGCACGAGAAGUUCGAGAUAGGACCCAGAGAUACCAGAGAUAUAGGAGGCAUACCUUUUAUGCCCGGUGAGAGCACGGACGGCGGAGUGAAAGAUCGAGCAGGAUGAGCCUGAUUAGACUGGGACUGGCGCUGCUGCUCCUGCUGGCCACCGUGUCGCAGUUGCUGCAGCCGGUCCAGGGACGCCGGAAGAUGUGCGGCGAGGCUCUGAUCCAGGCACUGGAUGUGAUUUGUGUUAAUGGAUUUACACGCCGGGUCAGGCGGAGCACUGCAUCAAAGGAUGCUAGAGUGCGAGACCUAAUCCGUAAGCUCCAGCAGCCGGAUGAGGACACCGAACAGGAAACGGAAACGGGAAGGUUUAAGCAGCAGCAUACGGAUGCGGAUACGGAGAAGGGAGUGCCACCGGCCGGCGGAAGUGGACGCAAGUUGCGACGCCACCGGCGACGCAUCGCCCACGAGUGCUGCAAGGAGGGCUGCACCUACGACGAUAUACUGGACUACUGCGCCUGAUGACCAGGAUGGCAAGACAAAAAAAAAACCCAGAAACCAGAUCCCAAAAAUCAAGUACCAGAUGAACCCGACAUGGCUGAGAUUUUGUGUGGCGGCACGGGAACAACACCCGACCGGCAGGCUUUUUGCAAUUCAUUUUCCUACUACACUUAACCCCUAACUAUAAACGUAAUCGUAUUUCCAAAUAUUUCAUUGUAAAAUUUCUAGUGGAGGCAAAUAAAGUUACUCUCCAAGCAGCAGCAGAAACAAAAGAA